AUGGGCACAACUAAGGCCUUGGGUUCACCGAUCCAGAUGAACCCCCCUCCCUAUAACCAAGGGACAAGCUGCACUGCAGCCGAAGGAGGUGAUCAACAGGACGCGACUUUCGUCAAAUACGGUAGUCCAUUCACGAUGGACCGUCUCUUUAUUGGCCUCGAUCCCACAGAUGGCGGUAUCACCGCCAUUGAGCUUAUAGAAAAUAGGCCUGUGUCUUUCGUCCUCAAGGUCAAAAUCAAUGACCGCGAUAUCAAACUCGAUCGUCUACGUCCAACAUGCCACAGGCACCUCGCCAAUCUCAAAGAGGCUUUUGUGUGUCACGAAUCCCUUCUGUUUAUUUACGAGAGGUGGGAUGGGGUCUCACUCAAGGGGAUACAAGAAUUGCGACCCACCUUCGAGCUCGGAGAAGUCGAAGUGGCUACGAUUUGCUGUCAGCCAUGGAGCCUUAAGCGAGCAGAAUAUCUAUAUUGA